AUGUACACGUCACCGUCCGUUGGUACCCUCGACAAGGCCACGGCGGUGAUGAAGGCCUUCAACUUUUACCUCUCCGAGCACCCCGCCAUUGUGAGGUUCCGAUGGAGCCACCCUCUAUGCUGGGGCUCAACCUGGUCCUUCCUCUUCUCCUCAAUCGCCGUCUACGUCGUCGUUUCCAUUUUCCUCCACCUAAUAUUAGCGUUGCUUCUUCGCCGCGGCCAGCGCGUUCCGCUUGGGCCGUUACCGGCGCUUCACAACCUCACAAUGUCGCUCAUUUCCGCCACCAUAUUUGCCGGGCUUCUGCUCUCCGCCUCGGCUGAGAUCAAAGAGACGCGGUGGCUCUGGAGGCGCUCCAAGACCCCGAUCGAGUGGCUGCUCUGCUUCCCCCUCGGGACGCGCCCCUCCGGCCGCGUGUUCUUCUGGUCCUACAUUUUCUAUCUGUCGCGUUUCGUUAACAUGUUGAGCACCGUGUUGGUCAUUCUACAACGUCGUAAGCUGGUUUUUUUCCAGUUGUUUUAUCACGCGAUUUCCACGUUCAUGUCGUUCCUGUGGCUGGAGUUCUCGCAAUCGUUCCAAGUUCUGGCGAUCCUCUUCACCACGCUGGCGUUUUCCGUUAUGUACGGGUACCGGUUCUGGACUGCGAUCGCGACGCGUGGCGCGUGUUUGCCGCUCGUGCUGAACUGCCAGAUUGUGCUGCUUGGGUGCAACUUGGUGGGCCACGUUGGGGUGCUUUUGCUUCAUUUUUUCACAGGGGGAUGCAACGGGAUUGGCGCGUGGGUCUUCAAUUCGGUGCUGAACGGUGCUAUUUUGAUGCUGUUUCUUAAUUUUCAUAUGAGAGUGUAUUUAGGAAAGAAGAGGAAACAUAAUAAGAGUGUGGGUGAUUGUGAAUGGGGUGAGAAUAAAUUCGCUCGUUCCUGCUCUGUCUUUGGCGCUGGAAAGGAAGCAGAUAGCAACAAAUUCAAGUCCAGUUAA